AUGGCUUCUAAUGUUGAAAUAAAAGCUAAAGUUACAGAUAUUGAAAAAUUAAAGCAUUUAGCGAAAGAAGUUUCUGGCCAACCUGGUAAACUCAUUGAACAGGAAGAUACCUUUUUCUUAUGUGACCAUGGUCGACUAAAGUUGCGAAAAUUUCCAAAUGGUCAAGGAGAGCUAAUAUUUUAUAGCAGGGCUGAUCAAUCUGGACCCAAGCUAUCGAAUUACCAUAUCACUAAAGUAACUGAAAAUACCGAUGAUUUGAUUCAUACGCUAGAUUUAGCGUAUGGAAUUAGAGGUGUCGUUAAAAAGAAGCGAUAUCUGUAUCUUGUUGGUCAAACUAGAGUCCACGUUGAUACUGUCGAUGGUUUAGGGAACUUUAUGGAACUCGAAGUAGUUAUGAAGAAAGGACAAAGCUGCGAAGAAGGACAGGCUAUAGCCGAGGAUUUAAUGGCUAAAUUGGAAAUAGCCAAGGCAGAAUUGUUAACGUCUGCCUAUAUUGACAUGUUGCAACGUAAGAGUUAACCUAUUACAUAAAGGUCGUGUUUUUAUUGGUUAAAAAUUUUAAUGGUUUCCUUGAUACCUUGAUACAUCUAUAACCUUACAAUAUG